AUGGAGCCGGACGCUGGAAAGCAUCUCCAGGCAGCCCGCCACCCCCUCCCUCCUCCUCGGCCACCUCUGUCACCUGACUCAGCCCCGGCCGGGAACCGCCACGCUCCCCGAGUUCUGGUCCUGAUCGCGUCCCUGCUCCCCUGCCCCUUUCAUUUUAUUCCUCGUGGUCGAGAGAAUCGUCCACGUCUCCCUAUCGAAUUAUUUAAGGAGAGAGAGAGAAAGAGGGGAAAAAAAGAAGCCAGCCCAGCCAAGGCCACCCCUGGGUGCCGCCAAUCAGCUGGCUGCGUGGCACAGUUUGAACGAAACUGCCGCUCGGCUCCCUCCGCUGUUAGAUUCGGGAGCGGAGAGCAAUGCAAAGGAACCACGCGGCGCGCGCGCAGCCCGGGCGACAGCGACGCGAGACGCUGCUGCCGGUGGCUGGCGCGGCUGGGGCUGCGAGGCCCGGGCUCCGGAUCAGGAGAGAAGCCUAGAGAGGCCCAAAUUAUGGACACCACAUCGCCAGCAAAUGCAAGGGCUGGCUGCAUCAGAAAGGUCUGUGGACUACAAGCUAUCUUUAUAUCCUUUGAGUCUACUGUGUCCAGACUCUGUGUGGUGGUGUGCACCGCGGUUGUGAAAAUGAAUAAGAUGACUGCUUGCUUGCUGUUGAAAGAUCAGAGAUUGGAGCUAUGAGCUGGUCUUCCCCAGUCAGGAGGAAUCUCCAUAUGAGAGGACAGACCUGAGAAGAAUGGAUCCACAUAGAGUGAAGUAGACUGAAGAACCAAAUGAA